ACAGCCACAGCCCACAGCCACAGCCACCCACCCCCGCCUCGCAUCCACAUGUUUUGAAAAGUCUUCCCUCUCUCUCUCUCUCUCUCUCUCUCUGUGUUUUUUCCGUGUUUUGACUUUCUCAUUUUGAAUCUCUCUCGCUCGAUGGAUCAGAUCUUCAUCUCCGUAUAAAACCCAACCCACUCUGCUGCUAACGUCCUCAGACCGAUCUACAACUCCCCACCACCUCCACUUCCUGCUCUCCUUCAGAUCUAAUCUUGAUUUCCCCUUAAUUGUAACUAUUUCAUCGCCCAAAGCGACGUACGCUAAGCUUUUGAUUUCUCCAUCUGGGUUCUCCUUAACUAAUUAGCUAGUUAAUUACCAAUUAAUUUCAAGUUCAUUUUCCCAAGUAUGGAAGAUGAGAUCGAAGUCCCUCCCUACUUCCUCUGCCCCAUCUCUCUCGAAAUCAUGAAGGACCCCGUCGCCCUCUCCACCGGCAUCACCUUCGACCGCCACUCCAUCGAAAAAUGGCUCUUCUCCGCCAAGAACACCACCUGCCCCGUCACCAAACAGCUCCUCCCCGACACCAUUGACCUCACCCCCAACCACACCCUCCGCCGCCUCAUCCAAGCCUGGUGCACCCUCCACGCCACCCACGGCAUCGAGCGCUUCCCAACCCCUAAACCCCCCGCCACCAUAUCCCAGAUCCUCAAACUCCUCGACGACGCCAAAUCCCCCCACCUCCAACUUACCUCCCUCCGCAAGCUCCGCCUCCUCGCCUCCGAAAGCGAUGCCAACAAACGCUCCUUGGAGGCCGCCGGCGUCGUCGACUUCCUCGCCUCCCUACUCAAGAACAACACCACUACCCACCUCGACAUCGCCUCCGACGCCGUCACCAUCCUCCACAACCUCCACGUGUCGGACUCCGCCCUCAAGAACAUUCUCCUCAAAGACGACGUCGUCGACUCCCUAAUCGUCCUCCUGCAACGCGGCAGCUACGAGUCCCGAGCCUACGCCGCUCUUCUGCUACAAUCCAUGUACGAGGUUGCCGAGCCUGCUCAGAUCAUGGGAUUGAGAAAAGAGUUCUUCGUGGAAAUUGUGCAACUCUUGCGGGACCACAUCUCCCAGAAGGCCUCCAAGGCUGCAUUGCGCCUUCUCAUGGAGCUGUGCCCGUGGGGAAGGAAUAGGAUUAAGGCCGCCGAUGCUGGGGCCGUAGUGGUGCUCAUCGAGCUCCUUCUCCACUCGGCGCUGGAGAAGAGGGUUUGCGAGAUGGCGCUGGUGGCGCUCGACCAGCUCUGCGGGUGCGCGGAGGGCAGGGCGGAGCUGCUGCGGCACGGGGCCGGGUUGGCCGUGGUGUCGAAGAAGAUACUUAGGGUUUCGCAUGCCGGGACGGAGAGGGCGGUGAGGGUGCUCUCUUCGGUUUCGAAGCAUUCGACCAAUCGAAGUGUUCUUGCGGAGAUGUUGCAGGUGGGGGUGGUGGCAAAGCUGUGCUUGGUGCUGCAGGUGGAUUGUGGGAACAAGACAAAGGACAGGGCAAGGGAGAUACUGAAGUUGCAUGCUAGGGCAUGGAAGAGCUCUCCUUGUUUUCCUGACAAUUUGCUUUCUUCAUACCCAUCUUGACACAAUUGAAGAAGUUCUUUGUGUUUUUUGUCUCCCCUUUUAAAUUAUUCUCUAGGAAAAGUUGUAUAUUUUUAUGGGAUAGAUGAAUAGAGAUUUUUAUUUUCUUUUUUUUUGUUUGUACAAAAUUGGAUAUAAUCAUCAUUUGGGAAAAAGAUACGGUUGUCCAUAAA